UUCAUGGUGGCUGUUUUUGCAUAGGGUUGAAUAGGAAAUUUGACAUGGCUGAUACAGAGAAACCUGGCUUAGUACCGGAACCGGCGAAAGCCAUGAAAGUAUUUUCAUCUGACCGGUCUAUUAGAAAAGGGAUCACUUGCUCUAAUUACCAGCAUUGUGUAUCUGUUUGUAAGGAGAAAUUUGAGAUUGAGGAAGAAGUCACUCUGGUUUUGGAAGAGGAUGGAACAGAAGUUGACAGCCAAAGUUACUGGGCUUCAUUAAACCCACAAACUGUCCUGAUGGUACUCCGACCAGGAGUUGUGUGGCAGCCACUCAGACCUACCCCUUGUACUGGUACUGGCCAUGAUGAUACUGGAGCAGGUAGCUCAUCGGGUGGUGCCUAUAGUAUUGAUAACAACACUGGUCCAAAAGCUGAUGUAAUGGGACUCCUGCAGAAAAUCAGAGAGAAGAAAAGAAAAAGUCAACUUCAGCAGUCAUUAGGAAAGAAGAAAAAACUAUCUACUUCCUCAAUCCAAGUUGGCUGGAUGCAUUUUCUCUAUGGGGAACGUCGCUAUGCCCAGGUAAAAAGCAGUAGGGGUUCCACAACUGGAGGAACAGGAACAUUAUCACUUCCAUCAGAUAGUACUUAUGGCCUUACACUGAACCGGUUAGAGGAGAGGUAUUUUCCAAAUGGCCAGAAUUCCAAGGGGAAAAUCAGGAAAAUGGAAACAAAACUUGGCACCAGCAAAGGAGAGGUGAUCCCAGAAACAAGCUUCCCUCUUGAUAACUACUUGACAAAUGUUGUGUGUACACAAAAACCACGCAUAUAUUUGCUAACAAAGGAAAAGAGUUUGUUCUUUGACAUUGAGGGCCUCGAGACUGGAUCAUCGGAUUCUGAUGGAUUUGAUUUGCCUGAUCCAUUUGUGGAAUACAGUCAUGUAGCUACGUCGACCUCGCCAAAUGUCUUCACUAUGGGCAACGUAACUACACCAGCAUCACAAGUACCGGUAACCCCAACCACAACAAUGCCUGUCGUGACACCACCAGUAAGGCCCAUCACAACAAUUUUAACUCCUAUCUCUACAAUGUCGGCCAUACCAGCCCCAACAACACCAGUAAAUGUACAGACACCAGCAUCAACCCUAUGGGUCAAUGCUGGGACACCAACAGUCUCAAUGAGACUUCCAACAGAUGGAGAUUGUGGAAUAUGCACCGAUAGACUACGGAGUGCCUUCUUGGUGCCAUGUGGGCACACGUUCUGCAUCUGGAAUCAACCAGCAGUGAAAUAA